CAAGAGCAUCCCAGAUUCCCAACUGGUGAGCCAACCGAAGCCGGCAGCUGCAGAAUCGGACUAAGCCAGAGCGGCCGGUACCAAGUCUGCCAGAGACAGGUCUCCCCUCUUCCACCAUUCAUCAUCAGCCUUGCGCUCUGGGGCAGACUCGACAUGCUGGGCACAGGGCACCCGAAGAAGAGUCCUCCCAGCUCUCCUAUCUCGACCAUAGUAGGGCGACCGACCCGUGGACGCUCUCUCCCCACUAUUCAAUGAAGGGAUUCACCCUGCGAUCACAGCCGUCUCGGCCGCCUCCGCCGUUCAAUCCUGUCGUCGAAGCAUGGCUUGACUCGCUGCCCCCGCCAUGUGCGGCUCCCUCGUCAAAGGAGCUCCGACAGUGGCGGCUCAGCAACUACCACGGCCUCGGAAGGAACGUCUUCGUCACCUGCCUCGUUCUCCGGGCCGUGUCGUUGGUUAUCGCUGUCUCAGUCACCGGCACCAUUGCCUCCGUUGUAGUCAACAGACACAGCCCGUCCGGUGUCUACAACGGGCUUAUACCCGUUCUGGUGGUGUGUCCCACCGUUGCGCUCUGGAACACGGCCGAAUUCAUCGCCGCGUGCGUGCUCCUGGACGGGGGCAUAUGCCCAAACGUCCACGCAUUAGUCGAGGCCCUCCUCUUCUUCGGCAUGGCCACGGGAACGGGCAUGCUGCUGGUGGACGUUAUCUGCGGGCUCCAUGACUCUCCCACCACCUUUGAAUCGGCACCAGCGGAGAUUGCCAGCGUGUGCCUCUUGAUCGUAUUGAUGGUGAUCCACUCGUUCCUCCUGUUCUUCUUCAUUUGGAACUACGUCGAUGGCGUACGGAGAAGACCCAGUGCGCGCGAUGGCCGCCUCGAGACGACAGUUACAGCCUACCCUCAUAUCACUUCUGCACGGCAUGAUCCGGUACUGUCACAAGGCAAAGCAACUCCCUCGGCUUCUCCCGAGCCACAGAAACCUAACCACGUCACUACGACCGAGUUGGACAACAUCCCCAAACCCGCAGUUCUUCGAGGGGCCCUCCCACUACGGUCCCUACCGCGAUGCUCCCUGAAGAUGUGGAGGGGUGAGUCAGGAUGACCAGGUUAGCCCACACCCGCUGUUCGGACUAGAGGACAACGCAGUAGCCAGGGGAGCGUAGGAGGGAAGAGGACAGGCGAAUCCUAACGGAUUCGAAGUUUCCCGCGGGAAAACGAUGCAAGGGCCUUGUGCGACGGUGUCUGCGCACUUAAUGACUAGAUUGGGUUUUGCUUUAUGGCGUUCAUGAUAGGAUACCCCAAAUGCCAACUGUCUUUCUUUUUUCAAUGCCUAUCUUGACCCCCGGUAUGGAGUGAUUCUGGCUUUGCAACGGAGCUGGUUCUGUCCCAGAACAGAACUUCUCGGAAGCCUGCUUCAAACCUCGGAUUCU